AUGACUUCAGUGGGGAUUCUCAGCCUGUUGGCACUCUUGGUUGGUCACGCCCUGGCGGAUUGCGAGUGCGGAUACUUCAUCACAACCGGGCCCGACAACACACGGCACGUCUUCACCGACCUGCUGGAGAGCGACUUCGUCCACGUCGACAUCACGGACGACGCGACGGCGACGUACGGGGAGUACGGCUGGGCGGCGCAGGACUUCAACAUGAGCACGGAGGCCGCCCACGGUCCGUACGGCGAAGCGUUCGCGGCUGGGAAUGUGGUGUCGAACGAUAUCGCCGAUAAGGGGGUGUUCAAGGGGGCUGGUGCGAAGGGUCCUGAUGCGGGCUUGCGGCUGUUGGUGCAGAGCGAGACCCGCGAUGGGAUGGUUGUGAAUGCCGGGGUUGCGACGACGGACUUGCAUUACUUCUAUGGCACUUUUCGCGCUGGUAUCAAGGUCACGGGUGUGGAGGGGACGUGUAGCGCUUUCUUCUGGUACCACAACGACACCCAAGAGAUCGACAUGGAGUUCCUCUCCGCGCAAUUCAACAAGACCAACAACACCUUCCCCGUCAACCUCGUCCUGCAGUCGAAGCAGCAAUCACAAGACGACGACGACGACGCGCGCUUCGCCGCCUCCUCAAACACCAGCAACUUCCGCCGGGUCGACCUCCCCUUCGACCCCACGGCCGCCUUCCACGAGUACCGCUUCGACUUCCUGCCGUCCAGCGUCCUAUUCUACGCCGACGGCGUGCAGCUCGCCGAGCUUGAGGGCCCGGGCGUGCCGUCCUCGCAAACGGGGUCACUGCAGCUGUCGCACUGGAGCAACGGCAACGCGGCGUGGUCCGCCGGUCCGCCGGAGACCGACGCGGUGACGACGGUGAGUUAUGUCAAGGCGUACUUCAACUCGUCGCUUGAGGCGCGCAAGGGGGAUUAUGAGGCAAGGUGUCCAGCGGCGGUGGGGGCGGUUUGUGCGGUGCCGGAUUAUAAUGCUAACUUUUUCUUUGAGUAUGCGGAUGGGGAUGGGGUUGCGCCGAAUCAGACGGGGGAUGGGGGAGCCGGUGGGAAUGGUGCUGGUACUGGUGCUGGUACUGGUGGUGUUGGUGGUGGUUAUAGUUGGAGGUGGUCAUGGUCGUCGUUGCUGGUUGCGGCGGCUCUUGCGUCAGGUGUGGGCGUUUUUGGGUUAUACUAA